GAGUGGCAGAGGGAGAAGCAGGCUUCCCGCAGAGCAGAGAACCCGAUGCGGGGCUCGAUCCCAGGACUCUGGGAUCAUGACCUGAGCCGAAGGCAGACGCUCAACGACUGAGCCACCCAGGCGCCCCAAAACAGUUACUUUACCAGCAAAAAUCGGUUUAUUUGGGAAUAGGUGAGAAUUACAAUUCUGGACAUGCAAGCUACAGCAAAACUGUAGGCGAGUCUAACAAAGGAGAUGAACGUUAUUUUAUGGAGAGGAAGGAGGAAGUUAGGAGGGGCUGUUCUGAAGGAAAGUCCAUUGGAGAAGAGUUCAGGGUGAUUAGUUUCUCAUUGGCUGAGUUGCAGGGCCCAUUCAUUUCUUGUAGGAGAUGCAAUGUACAUCUUUUCCUGUUGGGGCCUGUAAUUGAGGAUUUCUUUCCUGUUGAAGAUUCUUCUGUUGGUAAUUCUUGACUUCCAGUGGUACCAAAUGAGAGCUCCCCCUUUCACUCCAUUUUAGUGAGGUUCCCCUUUACUAAGUUUCACAGCACUGUGAUCCCACUGGCCCUGUGCUAAACACUUUCCAUGAGAAGAGCUGUAGUAUUUAUCAAAUUUCAUUACUGGAUUUUGAGUUAGAGCUUAUUCUGGGAGAGCAUCAGAAUCCCCAAGAGGGACAAGGCACAGAACGUUCAGGCUCAUCCCAGAGUUUCCGAUGGGGGAAAAUGCAGACGUGAAGCUGUUCCCCAGGGGCCCCCUCAGGGCUGGUCCCUCUACUCCAGAAUGCGGGUCACCCGCAUCUCUGAGGGAGGAGAUCUGGAGUAGCCCCGAAGAGGAAGCUAAAACACACCGCUGCCAUUCUUAAUCUCGGGCUCCAUUUCGCAGUACCCCUUGCGGUGCCACCUGGGCGUUGCCAAGGGGAACUUGCGGGCGCCCCCGGCCCGGCCUAUGCGGGGCAGAAACUACAUCGACCAGAAGGCUACGGGGAGUGGCGGCGACCUAUGAGCCAAUCACAGCACAGAAGAGCUAUUUCCUCCGGCUCCCGGGCUUCCGGCGUUUCCCUUGCGGACGUUCAUUUUGCUCUUGACAGGUCGUUAAACAGCGCCCUUGGGGACCUGAGCUCUGGGUCGGGGCCGCUUUCCAGGCGCCUCCUUGGGACCCAGCCGGGGAGGACACUAAGGAGGAUGAGAUCAACUGCCGCGCUUCGUACCAGCCGAUCUCCUGACUGGGGGACCUUUGAGGACGUGGCCGUAUACUUCUCCCGGGAGGAGUGGGAGCUCCUUGAUGAGACUCAGAGGCACCUAUAUCACAAUGUGAUGCUGGAGAACUUGGCUCUUGUGGCCUCACUGGGUUGUUGGUGUGGAGUAGAGGAAGCCCCUCUUGAACAGAGUGUUUCUGUAGAAGGAGCACUCCAUUUCAGGACCCCUAAAGCAUGUCCUUCCACCCAGAAGGCCAACACCUGUGACAUGUGUGGCCUGGUCUUGAAAGACAUAUUACACCUGGCUAUGCAUCAGGGAAUAUACCCUAGGCAGAAACCGUACAAGUGUGCGACAUGCGGGAGAGGCUUCUGGCUCAGUACAAACUCUCACCAGUGCCAGAAGGAGCACAGUGGAGAAAAACGCUUCACAAGUAGCGAACGUGCUAAGGAUGUCCUGGACAGCCAUGACCUCCUGCAGCAUCCAGCCACCCAGAGCACGCGGAAGCCACACAGGAGCACCACGCACAAGGAGGCCUUCCACCCCAACUCUAGCUUCCAGCAGCAGCAGAGAGUCCACGCCACGCAGAACCCCUUCAAGUGCAGCAACUGUGGGAAAGGCUUUCUAAAGGCCUUCAUGCUCCUAGACCACCUGCUCACUCACUCCAAAGAGAGACCCUGCAGAUGCCCAACAGGGGGAAAUGCCCCUAAAGAGAACUCCACCGUUGUUCAUCCCCAAAAAAAUCACACUGGAGAAACAUCCCAUGUGUGUACGGAAUGUGGGAAGGCCUUCAGCCACCUUUUUAAACUGAGUACACAUCAGAAAGCUCAUAUUGGAAAACCGCAUCACAGUUGCAGUGAAUGCGGGAAAGCCUUCACCCGAAAACACUCCCUUGUUCAGCACCAGCGAGUUCACACUGGAGAACGGCCUUAUGAGUGUGGCCAGUGUGGGAAGGCCUUCACUCGCAGCUUCCAUGUUGUUCGGCAUCAGAAAGUUCACAACACAGAAAGGCCUUAUGAGUGCAGACAGUGCCGGAGAGUCUUUAGCUGUAUCGCCAAUUUUGUUGAGCACCAGAAAAUACACACUGGGGAAAGGCCGUAUGCGUGCAAUGAAUGUGGGAAAGCCUUCAUUAACAGCUCUCAUCUUGUUCGGCAUCAGAAAGUUCACAACACAGAGAGGCCUUUUGAGUGCAGCGAAUGUGGAAAAGCCUUCCGGCAAACCUCCAAACUUAUUCUGCAUCAAAGGAGUCAUACGGGAGAAAGGCCUUAUAAAUGCAACCAGUGUGGGAAAGCCUUCAGUUGCCCCUCCAACCUUGUUCCACACCAGCGAAUUCAUACUGGAGAAAAGCCUUAUGAGUGCUCGGAAUGUGGAAAAGCCUUUAGUCAAAGCUCUGCCCUCAUUCAGCACCAGAAGGUUCACACCAGAGAAAGGCCUUAUGAGUGCAGUAAAUGUGGAAAAGCCUUCAGCUAUAGCUCGAACCUUGUUAAACACCACAAAGUUCACACUGGAGAAAGGCCUUACGGGUGCAGCCAGUGUGGGAAAGCUUUCAGUGAGAGCUCCAUCCUCAGUCAGCACCAGAGAGUUCACACUGGAGAAAAGCCUUAUGAGUGUAACAAGUGUGGGAAAACUUUCCGCUACAGCUCAAACCUCUCUAAGCACCAGAAAGUUCACACUGGAGAAGAGCCACCUGAGUGCAGUGGACAUAGGAAUGCCUUCAGCCAGAGUUCCAACCUCACUCGGCACCAUGAAGGUCAUACCAAAGAGAGGCCUUAGGAGUGUGGCAAAUGUGGAAAACCACUAACUAACCGGGGCAUUUUCUUGUUCACCUUAAUAGAGUUCACGCCUGAGAAAACUUCUGUGAAAGGAACCUUUGUGAAGAAGCCAUAAGCCAAAAAUUGAAAAAUACCCUAACACCCCUACCAGGAGAUUGCCAGAUACAUGGGAAGCUUUCAGAAGCUACAUCACACUUUCUAAUCUGUCCAGGUGCUUUGCCAGAUUAUGUCACUGCCAGAUGCCAUCUCACUUCUACCAGCUGGCAGGUCCCCCCACAGCCUGUCAUCUCAGCAUACUCAGGGAAGGCUGAUUUUGUGCUCUCUCAUUCCCUGGAGGGAGACAUGAGUGAUGGGAGCUCUUUGGGGUGGCCUCAUUUUUCAUUUCUGCCCUGUCCCCAGUGGUUCAGGCAUAGCCCUGACCUCUUUCUCUCCAGGGGGAUCUGAAUGGAGUCUGAGGACUUGCAGAAGUAGUUCCCUCUUUUGUGGGUAUUGGGUUUUUUUUUUUUUUUUAAGGUUUUAUUUAUUUAUUUGACAGAGCAAGCACAAGUAGGGGGAGCAGCAGGCUCCCCUCUAAGCGGGGAGUGCAAUGCGGGGCUCGAUCCCAUGACCCUGGGAUCAUGACCUGAGCUGAAGGCAGACGUCUCCAAAUCACCCAACCCUGGAACUGCCUGUCCCCAGAGUGUGUGAUAAAAAAGGAAGGCCUUCCCGUUGAAGCCAUCUUUAAUCUCCAUCGUGUGCAGGGGGAGAUGGAGAACAGAAUUGGGCUCUAACAGGAUAAAGAGGGAGAAAGGCCUUAGUGGGAGACCUCAACUUCAACAGCAAGAUGGCACACAACAGCUUGCAGUCUAGGCCCAAGGCCUUCUGGGACAGGCUGAAAGUCUCUGGGUUAAAUCUUGUGUCCUGGAUGCCAGAACGAUCUGAUAGGCCCAGAGCUUUGGACAUUGGGUAUUGCAAUCUCUAGUCCUUCCUGGGCAGCAGGGGUUGGGUUCUUUGUUCCUGGGAAUGUCCCACAUUCUCCAGUAGAGUUGAAGGGCCACUGUCUCCUGGGACCUAUCCAUGAGUAAGGCCCCUGAUGUCCAGGUUAUCGCUGGAUGUAAGAUCUUUAGGGGCCAGGCAGAAUCAUAAGUGGGUACAGAAACACUGGUUUUGAAGUGAGGGAGUCAGUGAGACUGGCAAACAGAGGAGAUGCUAUGCUUCAGCCACAUCAUACCCACUCACAAGAAUUGUGUUCAACUCCACAUUCAGUAACAAUCACAUCAAUGGCUUUCAAUCAGCCAUGGUAGAAUUUAUACCACAAAAAAAUGAACAAACAAUAGUUCUUUGAAAACAAACAAAAAACAACUGGAAAAAAAAAAACCAACCCUGAUAUGGAGUGUUUGCCAAGUUUGUUGAUACUGACUUUGGCCAUAGGAGAAACUCAGCUCUGCAGAUCUUAGGAAGUCCUGCAUACUCUCACUUGUCCUCUAGCACGAGUACACUGACCCUUUACGAUGUGUAUGCUGCUCACUGCUGGAGCAAAUCACCUAACCUAAUGGUGAUGUGGAUUCCUGUAGUCUCCCUGCGCUGGUCACUUCAAGGCCAUCAAUGCACAGGCAGGAACCCUGGGACUAUAGUCCAGGACUUUUGUAGCUCAGCCAGUAUUCUAGGUCAGUGUGGUGUCCAUGGUCUUCAUCAUCUGUUUUUUGCUGCCACUGAGACAAGGCUGUCCCUGGGUACAGGGAUCAGAGAGGAUGGAAUCAACAUUUGAUUUGCCCCCAUUUUCUGGUUUUCCAAGAGUGAGAGAUCCAUAUGCUUAUGUGAAGCCUUUUGAUUUUAUAAAUGCUGAAAACUUAUAUACAAAAUUUAUAGGUAUAUAAGCAACCUAUAUAUAUGGGCUACACAUGUGUUCCUGGUCCAACACUUGAAACAGUCAGAAAAUAAGCAAAUCAGCUGUCAGGAGCCCAGGGGUCCCCAGAUAUGAAGGCUUUUGGCACAGUGUUUACCCCACAGCAUGUGGCAGGGGAGGGGGCACUGCUGUUGCUACUCCACUCAGGACCCCCCAGUUUCCCGAGGCUGACCAUGUGAGGGAUGGCAGGAUCCCAGGCAGGCUUGUGGUCAGCCAAGCAUGUGGCAGAUCUGCCUAAGUGCUCCCUGCAUCCCAAGGUAUCAUGGCACCCCGUGGACCCUCUGGGUAUAAUAAUUGCCUUCCAUUAACAUGGGGGGCUUGGAGUUAGAACCAAAGUCCAUUUGAACCUUGGGGUAUCAGGCUUCCAAGAAAAGGGAUCAUGGAUCAUCAAGAGCUCAACUCCUUGUACCCAUGUGGCCAGCUAUGGUUAGACAGACCUCAAAACACUGCUCCCAGUGCAUGAAUGAAGUCUUCUGUCUCCUACUCUCCUCACCAGGGAUCUGCACACACCAACCAAAUUAUUGGAACCUCCGUAUUUCCCUGGUGGUACCAGAACAUAGCAAACAAGGGUCUGUUGGCUCUGAGUGUUUCAUCUCUCCACAGUACCAACUUAUGUGAAGCUCAAGUCCUCCCAGCUUGAUGACGUAUACAGGGGUCCUCGGCCUGCUCAGGCUCUCCCUCCUGAGUGUAACAACUGCCUUGCACCACCAUGGAAGGGCUGCUUGGGAUCAGAGUUCAAGUCCAGCUAAGCCAUGUGGAGCUCAGGCCUGCAAGCAAAGUAGGGCAGACACUCAUCAUGAGAACUCAACCCCUUUUAUCCCGAAUGGUCACCUGUGUGUAGACCUUGUAAAAUGAAUUCUUUUGGCAGAGUCCUUGAUUUGGUGAAAUGGCCCUGACUUGAACCUGACUUCUGCUCUCCCCAUCAGGGCUCUGUGCAAGGCAGCUGGCUUGCUGUGUGUGUGUACGUGUGUCUGUGUAGCUCAGCGUGGGCGUGGGCGUGGGCAUGUGCUGGAGCAUCUAAAACAGAGCACUUGUGGCUCAGCGUCUAUAAACUGGGGCUACUAAUGUUCAUCUUGACUCUACAGGAGGACUGUCCUGUGAACAAGCCACAGAAGGAGGCAGUGUAGAGUGACGGUCAGAAGCAGCCCUUCUGGUCAUUUGAGCCCUAGAUCCACUUAGUCCCUGGAGCCAGAUGCCAAGUGUACUUUUGGGUUCCAGGUACCAAAACAGGCCAAGGCAAUUCAAUAGGUUCAACCACUAGUGGAUAGCCAGCCACAUGUAACAAACCUCGAAGUUUCCUCAAGUCAUACGCAAAAGCGAACUCGAAAUUCAUCACAGACAGGGGGGUGGGGGGAUGGGUUGGCCUGCUGGUGGGUAUUGAGGAGGGCACGUUCUGCAUGGAGCACUGGGUGUUAGGCACAGACAAUGAAUCCUGGAACACUGCAUCUAAAACUAAUGAUGUAACGUAUGGGGCUUAACAUAAGAAUAAAAAAAUAAUAAAUAUAAAAAAGACAUAAAACUUAAUAAAACUUCCAGAAGAAAGCACAGUGGCCCUGGAUUUGGUGGAUUUCUUAAAUAUAACAAAAAGCAUGACAAGAAAAAGAUGAAUCAACUGGAUUUGAUCAAAAUUUUUAAUUUUUGCUUUUCAAUAGUCACAUCAACAAAAUGAAAAUGCAAGCCACAGACUGGGAAAACUGUCUGCAAAAAAAUUCUGACAAAGGACCUCAAUCUAGAAUAUAUGAAAAAUUCAUACACCUAAUAAGACAACCCAAUUUUUAAAAAUGGGCAAAAGUGACUUGAACACUCACUUCACUAAAGAAGAUACAUGAAUGGCAAAUAAGCACAUGCCUUCUAUGUAAAAGGUCUUACUAUUUUUUUUAAGAUUUUAUUUUUAAGUAAUCUCCACACCCAACCUGGGGCUCGAACUUAAAACCUUGAGAUCAAGAGUCACAUACUCUGGGGCUCCUGGGUGGCUCAGUCAUUAAGCGGCUGCCUUCGGCUCGGGUCAUGAUCCCGGGGUCCUGGGAUCGAGCCCCGCAUCGGGCUCCCUCCUUGGCGGGAGGCCUGCUUCUCCCUCUCCCUCUGCCACUCCCCCUGCUUGUGUUCCUGCUCUCACUCUCUCUCUCUCUCUGUGAAAUAAAUAAAAUCUUUAAAAAAAAAAAGAGUCACAUACUCUACAGAUAGAGCCAGCCAGGUGCCCCUAAAAUGUGUUCUUUUAUUUAAAGUUCACAACACUCCCACAGGUGUUCUAUAGAUAGUGAGGUGGUUAAGAGUACAGACCGUGGAGCUACAUACUGUACAUUUAUGUACCAGCUGAUAAUUAGUUGUAUGCUCUUGGACAAGUUACAAAGUCUCUGUGAUUCAGUUUUCCCUAUAUUUAAUUGAUAGUUUGUAUGGCUGUGGCAGAUAUGAAGGUUUGCAGGUCCUGAGAAACUCUGUACAACAUCACCCCACACGGACACGGUCAUCAAAGCAGAGUCAUGGCUGCCCCAUAGACAAAGCACAGGCACUCUAGGUUGCCAGUCUCCAAUCCCUAUUUCCUCAUACCCAGUGAUUAUCACUUAAUAUACCCACCUAGUUCUUAUAUGAACGCAGGAGGUAACCCUGCCUAACAGGGUCUGAUGUCUAGAGGGCAUGUCUUUUUAGCCCAGGAGAAGAGCUUCCUACCAUUGUUGCAGGGGGUAUGCUAUGAAAUAUGAAACAUCCUCUAGAACAAGAGAUCAGCAGCUUCUUCUGCAUCACUAUAAGGUUUUUAGAACCACUUCUCCCUUCCCCAGGUGAGCUUUUGGUAUCUGAGUUAAAAGAUUUAGAGCAGAGAAUCUUUCAGCCUUUCCCAGGAGGGCAUAGGAUAGAAAUGCAAAUUAGGAUAUACACUGGAAAGGAAGAAGUUAAAGUCUUUUUUUUUUUUUAAAGAUUUUAUUUAUUUGUCAGAAAGAGAGAUAGUGAGAGCACAAGUAGGGGGAGCGGCAGGCAGAGGGAGAAGCAGGCUCCCCACUGAGCAAGGAGCCUGAUGCGGGACUCAAUUCCAGAACCUUGGGAUCAUGACAGCCCAAGGCAGAUGCUUAACCGACUGAGCCACCCAGGUGUCCCUGAAGUUAAAGUGUCUUUAUUUACAGAUGACAUGAUCUCUGUGUAGAAAAUCCCAGGUCCAUUAAAAGUAGUGCUUAGUUGGUUAA